AUGAGGAGAAAACUAGCUGGCGUUACAAUCUAUGUGUUUUGUGUAUUUCUACAGUUGUGUAUACAAGUCAAUGGUAACCAAAAUUACACAUUUGGAGAUGAUUGCGGAAACAACACUAGAGAGUUGGCUGAUGAUGAACCGAUGUCUGUAUUCUACAGAGGGAGCAGCGACAUAGUCUGUAAUGGGAUGACCUUUGAAUGUAUAGAACCUUGCAAAGUGUGUGUUUCUGUAAAACACUUUAACGAUCCUGAUUGUGCCAUUAGACUUCAGUUGCAAAAGUCCUGGUUGGGGUCAACCUUACGUACUGUUACUUGCAAAGAAAAUAAGGAAAACAAAAUCUGCCACUCAUCUUCAAUCUUCAUCUACUUAAAUACUUUAAGCACCAAAUCGACGGGAAAUGUAACGUUUGAUCUUCUUUUAACGUCGGAAAAAGACGAAACAAAUUGGGCAAUAAUCGGGGGCGUGAUAGGGGGAGUGGUCGGAGGAUUAAUUUUGGUUACCGUUAUCACUGGUUUAAUUGUCCGAAAGGCAUGCAAAUUACGAACAUCACAAGGCCACAUUUACAGCCAAGGAAAUACAGUUCCAAUAAGCAAGAAGUCUUUUCCUUGGUAUUCCAGCAAUGAAAACUCUCAACUUCCAACCGGAAGUUAACAAUACUAGCCACCCGCAAGAAGCUAUCAAACAAUAUCCGGUAUUAGGAAGAUGGUUGAUACCUUGAAGACGUAAACUGAAUACGAUUUAAGUUCCAUUGACGACGUUUAUUUAGAUCAUAUUUAUAUGUUAUCAAUUUCAGAAAUGUCUUAAUUGUUAUUCUUAUAUUUGAAAUUCAUCUUUGCACGUAUUUGAAUUGUCUACCUAUUUUUAUCGACAAUUCCUGACUGUUAUAGUGCCAAGGAGAAUAGGACAUUUUUUCAUCCAUUAAUAAUUCUUUCAUACAUUCUUGGACUGAAAAAUAUAUUUUCAUCGAUGCAAAUAUAUAUACAGGAAGACAAGCGUUUUGUCACAAGAGUGUCUUUCAUUAAUUAACGAUUUUCAAUUACCAAAUGAAUGAGUAAUUCAGCUUAGUAUAAGAUAAACAUAAUUUCAAGUUAAUUUUGCUUGGAUAAUAAUGAUUGUAUGUAAUCUCGUGACGGAGAAUUUAUCACAGAAUGCUGGUUACUUUUAAAUCUUACGAACACAAUGAACCAAGUUCAUUUGAAAUUCAAAAAAUAGCGAAUAUUUGUUUAUCAUGAUUGAUAAUUAUAUCCAUGAAAAUGAAGGAAUCUCCUUGUGAUAAAGUCUAUGUUUUUUUUUU